AGGAAGACGUUACCCGCCCCAACUCUUCAACCGUCGUACUUCCUUCACGCUUCAACUCUCCCUCUCUCUCUCUCUCUCUCUCUGCCGGCGCCUUCUCUCUAUACGGACGACUUUCUGGCUUUCCGGCGAGUCUUCUGACUUCUCCGGCGUUUUUUGCUUAUUGUCCCUGCGGUUUUGGUGUCUAAUUUGGCUGGAACCGCCUGCACCCUGUCUCUCUUGCUAUUUCUCUCAUGUUUUUUUUCCAACGAGAAGGCGGGGUUUUUCCGUGAUGCCGGUUUCUCCGUCUCUCCCCAUGGGUUUUCCCGGAAAAAUGUCAUUUUUCCGACCAUGAACCCAGUUACUAGGACGAUUCUCCUGGUUUCUCCGGCAAAAAUGGUGUUUUUUCCUGCAAAACUGGAGGUUUUCCGGCCAUGAAAGCAGAGGGUCUCUGCUACGCGGCUGGGGCUGCCCUAGCCCAUAGCUGCAUCGACCUUUCGAGAAAAUGGGCAGCCAAUAACUUCAACCCCAUCGAGCUCCUUGCCCUAGUCGCUCUUCUCGACUCUGUUCUCCUUUGUGCCCUAGCUUCCUCUUCAUGGCCUUCUCUUCCACCUCUUCUUUCAAACCCAGAUCGCCAUUUUCUGAGAAUCCUUGUUCUGAGUUCUGGUCUUAAAGUAAUGGCGGGUUACAUGUAUCAAAAAUCCCUACAAAUAUCACCCAUUUCAGUUACAGUGCCCUACCUUGCUUUCACCCCUGUAAUGCUUUUGCUCACUGGUUUUCUUCUUAUGGGUGAGGUUCCAAGCCAUGCUGGUAUGGUGGGUGUUGGUGUUGUUACAAUUGGUGGGUAUUUGUUGGCUUUGGAGAAGCAUGGGGAGCCUUCAGAUUCGAAGAGAGCUAGAGGAGAGGGUUUGCCUGAGCUCAUGUCUAAUGGAGAUGUUACUUCAUCGCUUAACAAGAAGGUAUUUUCGAGGUUUGCUUCAAGUCCAUUAUUUCAGCCAUUCCUUGCCCUUAGAAAGGAAGAAGGAAGCCUCUUGAUGCUCGGUGUGGCUGGAUUGCUUAGCAUUAGUAACAGUUUAGACAAAAUGGGAGCCCAUUUGUCAGAGUCAGCUGUUUUAUUUGCGGCAAUCCAAAGAGUAAUCAUGGCAUUACCUGUAAUGAUUCAUUUACUUCUGUACAGCCCUAAAUCAUUCAAACAUCUGGUGAAUGAUUUCCCAGCAUUUGCUUUGAUCUCUGUGUUUGAGGUAGCAGCAUUUAUUUGCUUCCUCAAGAGUUUAGAGUCUCUGCUGGUGUCAUAUGCAGUGGCUGCCAAGCGAAGCAAUGUGAUCCUGUCAGUUAUUGUUGGCAAGGUUGUAUUCAAGGAAAAGAUUUGGAGAAAACUUCCAUAUAUUGUUAUGAUGGUUUCCGGGAUGGCUCUGAUUAUACUGGCAUGACAUCAGUUGAUGUAAUUUUGUCACUCAGUUUUGCACAGAAAAGCUGAACUAAAAGAUUAUAUGACCUUCUUCACCUGCUGCCCGCGACCUACUGUUCAUCGGAGUAUUGUUACCUUUCACUGGAGAGAUAUCAGAGGAUCAUAGUUUAUGAAUUUCUUAUCCCACAAUUUUUUUAAAAAAACUUUGCGGGUAUGUAUGGCAUCUAUUAUAUCUUAACAAUAUCACUUCAAUAUGGUGGCAUUACCUUUUUUUUUU